GUCGCUACAGUAGCCUACCUGUAUAGUUAAUGGUGAUCAGAUCAACGUCCUAUUUACCUGACAUCAACGUAUUUACUUGACAUAUUCAAUAGAUAAUCUAUUAAUACAUUUUUCAUUAAGUUAGAGGAUAUUGAAUUCCAAGUGUGGAUUUUGCUCUGUGGGGUAGUCACGAAGGCACCGUCACGAAGAUGAAGAAACCAAAACUUUGGGAAGAGGUGCGUUUAUCCGUGCGACGCAAAUAGUAUGUUGACAUUUACCUUUCGUGGAUUUUAACGUAAUCUGAUUAUCGUACAAAGAAACUAAAAUGGAAUUAGAAUAUUCCAAAAGAAAAUAUCUAAAUUCAAUCCCGAGUACAAACAGGGCUCAUGUACCGUGUAUUGUAGUAUAUUGUUGAACGUUCGUAUCCUCGAGACAAGGAGUCAAGCCCAACACUCAAGAGUUCAAGUUAAUAACAAUGUUUUGUAUUCAACUCUACGACAAAUCUUAACACUAGAUAAUGAUAAUGUGUAAAGAGAGCCGAAGAUGACAUUGAUAUGGCGCUGAAAGUCAACAAGUUUAUUUAAGAACAGAUUGUUUGUUUGGAGGUUGUCUAACAGCACUCGAACAAUAAACGUAGCAAAUCUAUUAAUCGAAUGAACGAAAUUGAUUGAAAGUUGAAAUUGGAAACGUCAUGUUAUUUUAACCUCUGAACGCUCGCUGUGAUUAUUCAAUGGAGUCGACGUGACGUUAACAACAAUCAGCUUUUGCUUGUGAAGUUGUGACACGUGUAAACUUACAAAAAACUGAUGUGAAACACGUUUUGUGAUUCAACAAGAAAAUGGACUGGUACAUUUGGAUUCUUUGCUCCAUCCUAGCUCAACCCUAGUUCCAAACAACGGAAUGACAAUAAACAAUUUUAUCCACCAUUUAUAACAAAGAGACAGCUCAAGACUAUAGUAAGAUCAUAUAUUAAGUUGGAUAACCAUAUCACAAACGAAAAUGGACAUAAGGCUAAAGAACGACCAGAUGAAGCGAGUGGAGCAAACCCGGGUGCAGAACAAAAGAGUAGAGAGACAAUUGGCCAACACAAUAGAAAGCAGACACGGUAUAGAGGCUACCCAUAAGUAUGAGCUUGAAUCGAUGGACAGAGAGAAACGACGGAUAGAAGCGGAGUUAGAGCAGAUGAGGAGCUCUCGAACCAAACUGACCAGCCUUAACAUAGUCAGGCCGUCCCAAGCGUCCCAGCAAAGCGCAGGGAAGCGAGACGGUAACAGUUCCAAGGCACGUAACACCAUCAAAAUCCACAACGAAACCGAAUAUAAACGAGCUCAAGAUCGGAUUAAGAAUUUUAACGAGAGCUUUAUCCCGGAAGGUGCUACUGCUAUCAAGAAGGAGCUACAUACUAAUGGUCAUAUCCAUACGGAAAUACAAAUGGAAAAACGAAAAUCGAAACCACACGUGACUCCGAUUACAAAUGUCAAUAUAGAUGUAGCAAAGGGUAGCGUAGCAAAACGACUCAGUAAACACUCCCCAAGGCGGGAUCCUACAACAGUAGGUAUUCAAAAUAAUGUGAAACCCCAACAGAAAGGGAAUCUUGCCCCACUCGGUCUGGAACACAAAACAACUCCGCCCUUUUUGAUGGCAUCAGGACAAAAUGUUGGCAAUCACUUUAAUACCAGACUUGAUACAAACAAACAAGUACAAAAAAUAUCCCCUAAUCAGAAGCUACAGAGCCUCAAUGAGCAUGGUUAUAUAAAAGACAAGAACGGCAAUAUUCUCAGCAGCAAUAAUAACGUUCUUUCUGAUUCCAAUGACCUAAAAGGCGUCUCAAAAGUUGUGAUAAAACCUCUAGCAAAAAGUCAAGGUGAUUUAUCCCCGCUAUCCCUAGGGGACACAAAGCAUAAUGCAUCCCCUCGUCGUGGCAGUUUUCAGUCAAAUAAGAAUACAAAGUUAAACAGUAAUCAAGACAGACGGGAUAGCAUCCCAGCGCGUCGUGACCCAGUAAAACCAGUCACUAUACCAUCCGUACAUAUACAAGCUAGCGAUGAUGUACCGAACCCUAUAUUUGAUGUGGAAUCUUACAACCCUGAUGGUACUCUGCGGACGCUCCAUACACUCCCUGAUCAGGAUGACGCUUUUGAAGAGGCUCGCAAAGCUAGAUAUCUGCGAACCAAAGAAAGGACAGAGAAAGAUAGAGAACUAACUGUUACGGAAAUAUUCGAUUGUAAAUCUUCAUUUUCAAUGCACUCCAGCUCCAGUGUAGAGAGUAACCGCGAGACAUGAUGUGAUUAUUAAAUAAAUUGUAUAUUUUCAUACAAUAAUACAUUCUCGUACAUAAUAAGUCUACGUUGAAUUUCAAUUUAUUUCUGUAAAUAUGGUUUUACACAUGUUGCAAUUUGCAAUUCAAUAUAGUCUAGCUACAAGCCCUUGCACACGCUUUGUGUGAGGUGUUUAGUCAAGUAAAGGGGGCACAGAGGCUUGUGGCUAGACCACAAUUCAAGAUGUUUUUCUUAUUUGACCUUUUUAUAAUUAACACUUAUACAAAACGAAAUCAAUUUUGUAUAUGUUUAUUGAUAGAAGUAUAUUCAUAAAUUAUAAUGAAUCACUAGUCAUCGGGUUGUUCGAAUAGUUCCAUAUACCAACCAUGGACCCACCGAUUAUAGCUGCCUUCAUUCUGGAAUAUACAUGAAACUCAUGAAGAUAUGAA